CCUCAGGACUCUGCCGGCCACAGAUGGAGACAGCCAGGGGUUUGGGGGCCCUGCUUCUUCUGCUGUUGGUCUCCGGUAAGAGGCCCACCGAAAAACCCAGAAACGUCUGCCUGCUUACCGAGAGCUACGAGUACGACCACUUCCACUUGGAUGACAUCUCCACGUGCUUCGCCAAGUGCAGGGAGCCAAGGGACAACUGCAACGUGGGGAACGUGCAAAGAUACUGGCUUAACUUCGAGUUCUACCUGGUGGAUAAUUCUUUGGAGACAGUGGACAUGCCUUUAGUGAAGGCUUUGGUCCAGAACAUCAGCACCAACAUCUCAGAAGAUCUGCUGUUCUCUCUGGCACCCUCCCAGGUACCGAGGCAGGUGAUGAUGUUUGAGGACAAGUCCAGCGACAGAGUCCGACUUCCCAAGAGCCUGUUUGGAGCCCUGCCCGGCAGCGAGUCUGUAGUCCGGCUGGCCAUAACUGUUCUGGACAUUGGUGCAGGGAAUAUCUUCAAGGGCCCCCAGCUCUACCAGGACGAUGACAGCACUGUGUUGAACAACCGCAUGGUGGGCUUGCGUGCUGGCCGGAUGAAUGUCACUGGACUGUCAGAGCCUGUGGAGAUCACCUUCUUCCAUCAGCAUCAACCACCUAACAUGUUCCUCACCUGUGUAUUCUGGGAUGUGGCUAAAGGACGCUGGGCUUCCCAGGGCUGCUCCACCAAGGAGAUUGGAGGUUUAGAGACUGUCUGCCUCUGUGACCACCUGACUUUCUUCGCCCUGCUGCUGAGACCGAUCUUGGACCGGGCCACGGCACAGGCCCUCAUUUACAUCUCCCAGGCAGGCUGUGGAGUCUCCAUGAUCUUCCUAGCCUUCACCAUGGUUCUUUAUGUUGCUCUGAGGUUCUCCCUGCAGAGGUUCAAGUCGGAAGAUGUACCCAAGAUCCACAUGGCUCUGAGCAGCAGCCUGUUCCUCCUAAAUCUUACCUUCUUGAUCAACGUGGGGAGUGGCUCUCAGGGCUCCCUGGCUUCCUGCUGGGCCCGGGCUGCUGUCUUCCACUACUUCCUCCUCUGUGUCUUCACUUGGAUGGGUCUGGAAGCCUUCCACCUCUACCUGCUGGCUAUCAGGGUCUUCAACACCUACUUUGGGCACUACUUCCUAAAGCUGAGCUUAUUGGGCUGGGGCCUGCCUGCUCUUAUGGUUGUUGGUGCCGGGAGUAGCAACAGCUACGGCGUUUACACCAUCCGUGACCAGGAGAACCGCACCUCACUGGAGCUGUGCUGGUUCCAGAAAGAGCCUGCCCUUUAUGCCACUGUCCAUGGCUACUUUCUCAUCACCUUCCUCUUUGGCACUGUGACGCUGGCUCUCGUAGCCUGGAAGAUCUUCACAAUGCCCAGCGUUACAGCAGGCAAGGAGCAGGGGCAGACCUGGAAGGCGGUCCUCACUGUACUGGGCCUCUCGAGCCUGGUGGGUAUGACCUGGGGACUGGCUGUCCUCACACCCCUGGGCCUGUCUACCAUCUACAUCUUUGCCUUCUUCAACUCGCUACAAGGAGUCUUCAUCUUCUGCUGGUUCACCAUCCUCUACUUCCCGAGUCAGAGCCUCAAAGCCUCCUCCUCUGGCACUGCUCACCUGAACCAGGCCCCCUCCACUUCACAUGAGUAGGUGACUGGAUUCUGCCCUCAGCUCCAGUUCAUCGUGUGACCUUGGACAGCUCCCCACCAUCCUCUGGGCUCAGUUGCCUUCUCUGUACAUCAUGCCUGCUGAGGGAGAGGAUGGGGACCAGGCUGGACCAUGUGGUUUCAAAGGUCUCAUUCAGCUAUCACCACUGGUCCUAGAAGCCACAAACCCUUAGAGUUCCUCUAAGCCUGAGAGCCCCUGCCAGCCAUGUCACCUUUAUCCUUGCUGUGUAGACAGCUCUUCUCAGUCAUCAACCACCUUGUCUAACAAAAGCCUGAGCCAAAAACAGGAGACUUGUUGGUAUAGCCCUUUGAAUGAGCCCUGGCCUUUCUCCAUCCCCACUUGUCACUGCCCCUACAACUCCAUCUACUGUCUACCUGUCCCCCUGAAGGGCAUUCAGAAGGCUGUGGUCCCCUGCAUUCUGGGGAAGCUGAGGGCUCGAGAUUUAUUUUGGGGGUGUGAUGAUCUCCCACCUGCCUACUCUAGGUUUGUCUUUGCCACCCCAACAAGGCUCAUUCUCAUGGAAGUGACCCUACCACUGAGGGGAUGAGAUCCUUCUAAGUACCCAAUACACUGAAUUUCAGAGAAUGCCACUCAGAGUGUGUGCUCUCUGGAGCACUCCCUCUUGGCCCACCUGACUGCCAGGUGUAUGACCCCCUCUCUGAUCUGCGGUCAUCUUCGGGGCUGGCGGCACACCUGCCCCAUCCACAUCGGUGUGUGGGGUGGAGGAGUAAGAGGAGAAAAGGUAGUCCUUCCCACAGCCUCACCUACCAUUUCAACCCAGUCUGAGCUGGGUUCAACCCAGGCCUGGCCAUGUUAAGCCAAAUAGUUACCACAUAGAUUUCAAUAA